AUGAAGUGUCAAGAUCGUGAUUAUGAUCGACGCAAAGACGAUCGUGAACGAGAUAAUAAUCAUCGUCGUAGUGUUGGUCGUUCAUCUCAUUCGGAUAUGUCAACUCAACAUAAAUUAAAGCGUGAAUCAUCUAGUUCGAGUACAUCAUCAUCAUCAUCAUCUUCAUCAUCAUCUUCAUCAUCAAGUGCUUCAACUGGAUCACAUAAUGAACGUCGUCGAACUUCACCUGUUCAAUCAACUGAACAAAAAAAAAAUAAAGAUAUAUCUUUACCUUCUGUAUAA